CUCCGAAUAACCUUGGCUUUAGUGCACAGGAAGAGCGCAAGCUUGUUUGGAAGUUAGACUUGCGUUUGAUCCCUAUAUUAGGUCUUCUCUAUUUGAUAUCUUUCAUUGAUAGAGUAAACAUCGGACAAGCAAAACUUGAUGGAAUGAUAACUGAUUUACAUAUGGAUCCACCCCAAUUUCGAAAUGCAAAUACUGUCUUCUUCGCGACAUAUGUAGCUUUUGAAAUAAUUGGAAACCUUCUUGUCAAGCGUUUCAGUCCAAAGCGUACGCUUCCCGUUAUGAUAACUGUUUGGGGUAUCAUAUUGGUUUCUCAGAGCUUCGUUAAAAAUUAUGGAGGUCUGGUUACUACUAGAGUAUGUCAGAAAUAUCUCAAUGCUCUCAUGUUGACUACUUCUAAGGUUCUUUUGGGUGUAGCUGAAUCGGGCCUCUUUCCGGGCGCAAUUUAUAUUAUCUCCCUAUAUUAUCCUCGCCAAGAACAAGCUCUCAGAAUGGGAUUCUUGUUCUCAGCCUGUGUUCUGGCUGGUGCAUUCGGUGGUGUACUCGCAUAUGGUCUCAGUCAAAUGCGCGGAAUUGGUGGUUUGCCAGGAUGGGCUUGGAUUUUCUGUAUUGAAGGCUUAGCCUCAUUUGUCGUCGGUAUUUUCUCUUUCUGGGCAGUCGUCGAUCUCCCAUCAAAUGCCAGCUUCCUUGAUGAACGUCAAAGAGCUUUCGUAAUACAUCGCAUCAAGCAAGGUCAAGGAGCAUUAUCACUUGAUGUGAAUUUUAAUUGGAGUCACGUAUAUUCUGCCUUCCUAGAUUUCAGGAUGUAUGGAUUUGCAGCACUCUAUUUCAUGGCCGGAGCAUUGUUGUACAGUCUUGCAACAUUCAGCCCGACAAUUAUUAAAGAGCUCGGUGAUUGGUCUACAGCACAAUCUCAGCUUUUAACAGUUCCACCAUAUGCUGCAGCCUUCAUAACGACCGUCGCAUCGGCUUAUAUCAGUGACCGCACCGGGAAACGUGCUUAUAUUGUCAUUGUCGGUAGUUUCAUAUCACUGAUUGGAUAUAUCGUUAUCCAAGUCGUGCCUAACACCGUACCGGGGGUGAAAUAUUUUGCAAUUUUCGUUAGUGUCUCUGGAUUUUCACCUGCUGCUGCUACAGUUCUCGCAUGGGGCGCAGGCUCAUUCGGACCAACUUACAAGAGAGGUGUCACUCAAGGUUUCAUUAUGAUGUGUGGCAAUUCUGCUGGUAUCCUCUCUGCAUAUCUUUAUCCAGAUGAUGGCGCGCCAGACUUCAGGAUUGGCCAUUCCGUUUCCGCUGCGUUCAGUUUCGCCAUAUUUGUCUUGGCGAUUGUUAUGUUUUUUGUUCUCAAAAGGGAUAACAGAAAGCGCGACGAAAAAUAUGGAACACUGGAAGAAAUAUACACAAUCAUACAACAAUACGGAUCGAAGGAGAGUAUCAACGAAAAAGACACUGAAUCUCCUACAACUAGUUUCUCGAUGACCAAGAAUGAAUUCGUUGAUCUUCCUCAUGUCCUCCUUGAAAGAUGGGGUUUGCACGGAUAUUCAAGAGAAGAUAUUGCCAACCUCGGUGAUAAGCAUCCGAUGUUUAGAUACUUAUGUUAAUUUACUUAUUUAGUUUUCCUUCAUGUACUUCCUAGAGUUUUCUAAUGAACAUACUUAAUAUUU